GUUGGAAAGAACAAAAAAGAAGGCAAUAAAUACUAAAGGGGAGGGGGGAAGAGAGAGAGGGAGCCACACGGAGCGGCAACUCCCAGCCCGGGCUGCAAGAGAGGGAGGAGGGAGCCGGAGAGAGCGGGCGCGCGCGAGGGCGAGCUGUGCACGGGAAGAAACUGACACCCGGACCCCCCACUUCUCCUGCACGGUGCUGGCAAUCAGAUCGCGUUUAAGCAAUUUCCUGAGCCCAAGAAUAGCAAUGAGUCGGGAGACUUUCGCGGACUGAAAUUGGGAGCUGCAAUCACUCCCCAGGUUUUGUGUGUGGUGUUUUUGUGUGUGGUUUUUUUUUCCCCCUUUCUUUUUCUGGAGAAAGUUGGAGGGGGGCGCUACAAUUGGGAAACAGCUUUUUUGUUUGUUUGUUUUUUUAAUCUUGCACUUUGAAACCGCGGACUGUAGCAGUGUGCGCGCUUGUGGUUGGUGCUUUUUUUUUUUUUUUUUCUUUUCGUCCCUGGCCUUGCCUAAACUCUUCUGGUCUGUAAACAUUACCUGUGAAUUUCCCAGCCGAAACGGCUGUUGGGGCAAGAAACUUCUUGUUAAAACUUCCCACCCCGGUACUCCCCACCGCCCCUCUCACCGUCCCAAUCUUCGGAGACGCUUUUUACCUCUCCGCCAAAGCAGAGUUUAUCUUUUUUUCUUUUUCUUUUUUUUUUUCUUUUUAUUCCCAUUUUUCCUCGCCCAGUCCUUUACAUCUGAAAAGAGAUCAGUUUAAGAGUGACCAGGUGGGACGCCUCUUUUUCCUUAUUUAGUUUAUUAUUGUUUAGGGGAGUUUUCUUUCUUUUUUAAAUUCCUGUUUUGCUUAGUCCGGGGAGUUUUGUCCACCGCCUCCUACCACCUCCCCCUGUGCCCGGCUCCGCCGCGCGGAGGAUGGUGUGGAAAUGGCUGGGCGCGCUGGUAGUGUUCCCUCUACAAAUGAUCUAUUUGGUAACCAAAGCAGCCGUGGGACUGGUGUUGCCCCCCAAGCUUCGGGACUUGUCGCGGGAGUCAGUCCUCAUCACCGGCGGUGGGAGAGGCAUCGGACGCCACCUCGCUCGGGAGUUCGCAGAGCGUGGCGCCAGAAAGAUUGUUCUCUGGGGGCGGACUGAGAAAUGCCUCAAGGAGACGACAGAGGAGAUUCGGCAGAUGGGCACAGAGUGCCACUACUUCAUCUGUGACGUGGGCAACCGGGAAGAGGUGUACCAGAUGGCCAAAGCUGUCCGAGAGAAGGUGGGUGACAUCACCAUCCUGGUGAACAAUGCCGCUGUGGUCCAUGGGAAAAGCUUGAUGGACAGUGAUGAUGAUGCCCUCCUCAAGUCCCAGCACGUCAACACCCUGGGCCAAUUCUGGACCACCAAGGCCUUUUUGCCACGUAUGCUGGAACUCCAGAACGGCCAUAUUGUGUGCCUCAAUUCCGUGCUGGCACUGUCAGCCAUCCCUGGCGCCAUCGACUACUGCACAUCGAAAGCGUCAGCCUUCGCCUUCAUGGAGAGCCUGACCUUGGGGCUGUUGGACUGUCCUGGUGUCAGCGCCACCACCGUUCUGCCCUUUCACACCAGCACCGAGAUGUUCCAGGGCAUGAGAGUCAGGUUUCCCAACCUCUUCCCGCCACUGAAGCCAGAGACAGUAGCCCGGAGGACGGUAGAAGCCAUGCAACAGAACCAGGCCCUUCUCUUGCUCCCGUGGACCAUGAAUAUCCUCAUUAUCUUGAAAAGCAUACUCCCGCAAGCUGCACUGGAGGAGAUCCACAGGUUCUCGGGGACUUACACCUGUAUGAACACCUUUAAAGGGAGGACAUAGAGGCAGGAGGAAGACACACCUGAGGAGCUAUGGAGCCUGACGGGGAGCCACAGCAGCCGGGCACACACACACACACACACACAUCCCUGUGCCUGUGCACUAGCACAUCUGCUGGGUGAGCAGGACUGUUCUUAUCCCCAGGGAAGAUUUUGCAGCUCCCCAGGUCAACUCCAGGACCUUUGUGCAGGACUGAUGGGUUUAACUCUGACCCCCCCCAUGGGGAGGCAAGAAGCCGGCAGCCACCCAACAACUUUGUACAUUUCUCAUUCUGUAGGGUUUGUCGUGAAAUUGCUUCUCCAGUCUAACCCACCUGAGCAAUGUGCAUCUACUAUUUCCAGGAGAGUCUGCUCUCAGACGCUCUGCCUUUUCCCUCCAAAACCCUCUCACUCCCAGCUCCUGCAAACUGGUUACACAGCAGAAACGCAAAAUAAAGAGGUGGCUUUCGCA